AUGACUACAAAGGCAGCAAUCAGAAGAUUCAAUAAAGCUGGAAGAAAAGAAAAAGAAAGAGUAACAGGCAAAAACCGAAGAAAGAAAUCGAUACAAUAUAUGUUAUAUAAUUUUCUGUGGCUGUGGUGGUGGUGUACAGGGACAUAUAUCAAAAGACCCUCUAUUGGAAAGACAUUAGAGAGAAUUGUGGAUAAUCGGGACUUGUGCAACAGCUUGAAAAUGGAGGUUUCUGCAUUCAGCAUUAGUUCCAAGAUUACUGAUAAGUUUGUUGAUUAUAUUGGGGUAUGUAAAUUUGUUGAGUAUAAGAGCUACGGGAAAGGUAUUGAGGGUUCUGUAGCAGUUUAUAAGAAACUUGUUGACAUAGACGAGAGCUCUUAA